AUUUGCAACUUCUUUCACAGAACUUUUCCAGCUUCAUAUUUAGAUUCUAGUUGCAAACAUGUUUCCUAAUUUCGAGUCCUUCGAUCUGAAACUCUCAUCCUCCUUAACAAUCCACGGGAUCCGUUCCGGCUCGGGUCAACCCCUCCUUUUGCUUCAUGGCUUUCCUCAAACUCACCACAUUUGGCACAAGGUUGCGCCAGAACUCACGUCCAAAUAUACUGUUAUCGCGAUUGAUUUGAGAGGAUAUGGGAAAUCAUCUAAAUUGCCUUCGGAUGAGAAGGAUAGUCACAAAGCAUAUGCAAAAUCGACUAUGGCAGAAGAUUGUGUGAAAGUCAUGAGUGGGCUUGGGUAUGAGAAAUUCUGGAUCUUGAGUCAUGAUAGAGGGGCUAGGAUCGCUCAUAAAUUGUGUGUCGAUUAUCCUGAGAAAGUGGGCAAGCUCAUGAUGCUCGACAUUGCGCCGACGUUAGCCAUGUUUGAAAAAACAGACCAAGAAUUCGCUACCAAAUACUGGCACUGGUUCUUCCUCAUCCAACCAUCACCAUUCCCUGAGAAUAUACUGCUCAACAAUCGAGAAGAGUUAAAAGCCCGUUUCUUUGGAGGCAGUUGGUCAGGAGUGAAAGGGUUUAUGGAUGAGAAAGCCGUUGAAGAAUAUAUUUCUCAAUUCACUGAUAAAGCAGGUGUCCAUGCUAUGUGUGAAGAUUACAGGGCUGCUGCUACCAUUGAUCUCGUGGAAGCGAGAAGUGACAAAGAAGCAGGAAGGAAGAUCAAGUGUCCUGUGAGAGUCUUGUGGGGCAAGAAUGGAGUGAUUGAGAAGAGUUUCGAUUGUUUGGGGGAGUGGAGAGCUGUUUGUGACAAUGAAGUGAGUGGUGAAGCAGUCAAUUCGGGACAUUUUAUCGCAGAAGAAGUUCCUAAUGUGUUGCUGAAGCAUGUCCGAGAGUUCUUUGGGUAGGUUGGGUAGAUUCGAUAUUUCAUAUCUCGAACUAUUGCUUCAAUCUGCAUGUGGACAUAGAAUGCAGUAU